UGAAACAUACCAACAAAGAAAAGACACGACUAUUGGGUGUACAUUUUGAGCAGAAAAGGGAAGGUAAUGGAAGCAAGGUGUAAGGUAUGCGUCACAGGUGCUUCUGGUUACAUUGCUUCUUUGCUCAUCAACAAGCUUUUAGCUAAAGGCUACACUGUCCAUGCAACUCUCAGAGACUUGAAGGAUGAGUCUAAGGUGGGACUUUUAAAGAGUUUUCCACAAUCACAAGACAAACUGGUCUUGUUUCAAGCAGAUAUUUACAACUCAGUUGACUUUGAGCCUGCAAUUAAAGGCUGUGAAUUUGUCUUUCAUGUUGCCACACCCUUGAUCCAUGAACCCGCAUCUCAGUUCAAGGACAUUACCGAAGCAUCACUUGCUGGGUCAGAAAGCAUUGCCAUGUACUGUAAGAAAGCGGGGACGGUGAAGCGUCUCAUUUACACCGGAUCUGUUGUAUCUGCUUCUCCAAGAAGAGUUGAUGGAAUUGGUUUCAAUGAUGUAAUGGAUGAAACUUGUUGGACACCUCUCAAUGAUUCUUUAGCAUAUCUGUACCAUGAUGCUUAUCUUAAGGACUAUAUUUAUUCAAAGACGGUGACAGAGAAAUAUAUGUUGAGCUGUGGGAACAAUGAAAAUGGUGGAAGGCUGGAGGUGGUAACUCUCUUAUGUGGGGCUGUAGGAGGGGACACUCUUCAAUCCUUCACACCCGGUAGCGUAGCAAUUUGUAUCUCACACAUCACAGAAAAUGCAAUGGGACGCAAAUCACUGCAGUUUGUACAGGAAUUCCUGGGGAAAAUUCCUCUUGUACAUGUUGAUGAUGUCUGUGAAGCUCAUAUAUUCUGCAUGGAAAGUACUUCAUCAAUCAAUGGAAGAUUCUUGUGUGCUAGUUCUUAUGUUUCGUUAAAAGAGAUUGCUAAUCAUUAUGUUCUUCAUUAUCCAGAAUUCACUGUUAAUCAAGAAUAUGCAGAUGGGCCAAAGAAGGAUAUGAAGUGGGGGUCAACAAAGCUAUGUGACAAAGGAUUUGUAUAUAAAUAUGACGCUAAGAUGAUUUUGGAUGAUUGUGUCAAAUGUGCUAGAAGAAUGGGUGAUCUCUAGUCUCCAUAUCCUCCCUCUGCAAGUCAUUUAAGCAUUACAUGCUAAGUAGGUACAUUACAUACAAAGAAAACUUUCCAAACUAGCAUGAGAGCGUGGCACGUUUAAUUUAUCGACAUAUUACAUAUCUAUAAGGUAUCAGUUCAAUGGUAAGAGUUUAACUUUGUAAUUUUAAAGAACAAAGUUUACAUCUCGUCCAAGACAAUUGUAAAAUAACCAAUAGUGUCACUUUACCUAAUAAUUUCUCAUUUCCACAAUAUAUAUAUAUAUAUAUAUGUUUUCAAAAAUAUUACCCUUGUAUCAUCUACAACAAAAUACUAGUUAAUUUUAAACAUAGACUAUUCUAUUCUUGCUCUCUAAACAACUAACUAGGUGAAAGUUGGGAAUUUUAAGAAGAGAAAUAUUCAGGGGUAUUUAAAGGAAAAUCAGUGUCAAAAUCCCCUCUUUGUAGCAAGAUAUCCAAAUCAAGGAUUGGUGAAUUGGUGACCGAAGUUGGAGCUGAAACUGUAUCAGUGAUAUCAGAUUCUGAAGUUGGUCCAUUUUGGCAUAAUCCAGUGUAGCCUAAUUGGUAUUCUGACAAAUUAAAAAAGUUUGAUUCCAUCAUUAUCUCAUUUUCUGAUCCAAUUGAUGGAGAAGGAAAAGAAAACCAAGGGAAGAUAUCCUCUUUGGUUUCUUCUAAGUCCUUUCUUUUAACAUCAAGUUCUGCUUUGGAAGUGAAACUAGUCCCUUUAGUUUGUAGUUGAUUCUUUAUAUCAUUGUGAAGUUUAUUUUUCUCCAAACCCUUUAUCUUUAACUUUAACUUUGAGGGAAAUUCCCUUUUUAAAGGCUUAGCUUGAGAAUGAGUGCAUGUGUGUCUUCCUCUGUAAGUAACCUCAAUUAUUGUUGGAUCUUCAUCUGACCUUUGAACUUGCUUUGUUGCUAGGCAUCCUUGUCCAUUUCUAUGUGUGCAUCUGUAAUACCCUCUGCAAUUCAAACCAAUAGUUUUCAUUUAUAUAUACAUUUUUGGAAAAUUGGUAUAACUGUAAA